UUUGUGCAGCAGUUUUCCAAAGAACAUAAAGUAUUUUAUUCAAUUUAAAGAGUGAGCCAUAAAUCUCUACCGAUAUGUCUCUAGCCGAUGAACUAUUAGCUGAUCUGGAAGAUGAUAACGAUGAUUCCGAAGAACUGGCUGAUAUUAAGCAGGAAUCGCAGGAAGGAGAGGGCGAUCAACCGCUCUCCGGUGGUGAGGAGGAUGCCAUCAUUAUGGACGUUAAAGAUGAACCGAUGGAGGUCGAUGUGAAGGUAGCGUCCAUUCGGGAAAUAUGUAAACUUCGAGACUCCGACCGGCUGUCGAAGGUUUUGUCACAAAUAGCUAUGUUUGCUAAAAACCCUCGCAAGACAUCCGAGAUGAUAGGAAACGUCGAGUCCGAUCCGGAGUAUCAGCUGAUCGUCGAAGCCAACAACAUUGCUGUGGAAGUCGAUAGUGAGAUCUCCAUCAUACACAAGUUUGUGAAAGAUAAGUAUCAAAAGCGAUUUCCUGAAUUAGAUUCUUUGAUUAUGGUGGAGAUGGAUUACAUUCGAAGCGUUCGGGAAUUGGGAAAUGAUCUGGACCAAGCAAAGAACAACGAGCGACUUCAAGAAAUUUUAACACAGGCUACUAUAAUGAUAGUAUCGGUUACAGCUUCUACUACUCAAGGCACCCGCCUGGAUUCCCAUGAGUUGCGGCAGAUUUAUGAGGCUUGCGAUAUGGCAGUGGAAUUAAGCAACUUCAAAAAUCAAAUUUUUGACUAUGUCGAAAGUAGAAUGACUUUCAUCGCUCCUAAUUUAUCGAUAAUCGUAGGCGCAUCAACAGCCGCGAAGCUAGUUGGAUUGGCUGGUGGUUUGACUAAACUUUCAAAGAUGCCAGCAUGCAACGUGCUAGUUUUAGGAGCACAGAAAAAGACAUUAUCUGGAUUUUCUAAAGUUGCCAUGCUCCCGCACACCGGCUAUGUGUACUAUUCGGAUAUUGUGCAAGACACUCCACCGGAUUUACGUAGGAAAGCUGCACGCUUAGUGGCCUGUAAAAGUACGUUAGCGGCGCGGGUUGAUGCUAGCCAUGCAAGCCACAACGGUGCAGUUGGUCAGCGGUUUCGCGAAGACAUCGAGAAAAAACUGGAUAAACUGCAGGAACCUCCACCGGUGAAAUUUAUCAAGCCACUCCCGAAACCGAUUGAAGGUGGCAAAAAGAAACGCGGAGGUAAACGGGUGCGAAAAAUGAAGGAACGCUAUGCGAUUACCGAGUUCCGCAAGCAAGCCAAUCGUAUGAACUUUGGAGAUAUCGAUGAGGAUGCAUAUCAGGAUGAUCUGGGAUACACUCGUGGUACGAUUGGUAAAACAGGCACCGGACGCAUUCGAUUGCCACAGAUAGACGAAAAGACCAAAGUUCGCAUCAGUAAAACUCUGCAAAAGAACCUCCAGAAGCAGCAGCAGGUGUGGGGUGGCAGCACUACCGUCAAGAAGCAAAUAUCCGGAACUGCGUCCAGUGUUGCAUUCACUCCACUGCAAGGUUUGGAGAUUGUCAAUCCUCAGGCCGCCGAGAAACCGGUAAGCGAGAGUUCUGCAAAAUAUUUUUCAAACACUUCCGGUUUUCUAUCGGUUGGUAAGAAAACAACGUGAAACGGCUUUCGGAAUGUUAGAAUAGGUGUACCGAAAGUAAGCAUGUUUUUUUUAAUCGAAUAA